CAUAUUCUGAUACAAGGUUAAUUGGGGGAGACGAAAUCUUGUAGGCACUAGGCACUGCUUCUCCUUCGAUUUGAGCUCAGUCAGAGGCAAAUCACUCUCCGGAAAAACAUAGACUGGUGAAAUCGGAAAAUGUCGCAGUCAUCGGUGGAUGUUCCGCCGAAGGGCGGUUUCAGCUUUGAUCUGUGUAGGAGGAACGAUAUGCUUGUUCAGAAGGGUCUUAAAGCUCCUUCAUUCCUGAAGACGGGGACAACCAUCGUUGGUUUGAUUUUCCAGGAUGGUGUGAUACUUGGGGCUGAUACCCGGGCAACUGAGGGGCCCAUAGUUGCCGAUAAGAACUGUGAGAAGAUUCAUUACAUGGCACCAAACAUAUACUGUUGUGGUGCAGGAACUGCUGCUGAUACUGAAGCAGUAACCGAUAUGGUGAGUUCGCAGUUGCGCUUGCACAGAUAUCGGACUGGUCGGGAGUCUAGGGUCAUCACUGCUUUGACCCUUCUGAAAAGACACCUGUUCAGCUACCAAGGUUAUGUGUCGGCUGCUCUUGUGCUUGGCGGAGUUGAUGUAACAGGCCCUCAUCUGCACACUAUAUACCCUCAUGGAUCGACUGAUACUCUGCCAUUUGCUACAAUGGGAUCUGGCUCUCUGGCUGCUAUGGCUGUGUUUGAGGCAAAGUACAAAGAAGGUCUAACAAGAGAUGAAGGAAUCAAGUUGGUGGCUGAAGCCAUAUGCUCGGGUAUAUUCAACGACCUUGGCAGUGGAAGCAAUGUGGAUAUUUGCGUGAUCACCAAGGGGCACAAGGAAUACCUCAGAAAUUACAUGCUGCCCAACCCUAGAACAUAUGUCAGCAGCAAAGGGUACUCAUUCCCCAAGAAAACUGAGAUUCUUCAGACGAAAAUCACGCCAUUGACGGAGAGAGUGGAGGUUACAGAAGUGGGCGAUGCAAUGGAGGAAUGAACCUGCUUUGAUUUUCUUCGGGCCCCUUUCAUGUCGUUACGGAUGUAUCCUUUGAGACAGGACAGCAUCAGGUUUAAGUCUUUUGUUUUUUGUGCAAUGAUUAAAGAUCUGUAACCUUCAGAAAAUAAAAAGAAGAGAAGAAGCCGCCAUUUUGCUGCCCGAACUUUUUAA